AUGGGUGCCCAGUUGUCGCUUCUGUCGCCCACGGCACAGACAAUUGCCGUUUCCGCCUACAUAGACUAUCUCAAUGAUGUCCAAUAUAGCAAACCGUUAAGCUCGACUCGAUUUCUGAAGACCAUCAAAUGUCUUGACAAAGAAGGAGCCGUUGUUGUCAAGCUACUCAUAAAGCCCAGCACCGAGCUGAAUCUCGAGGCCUGGGUGCGCGAGUUGGAGCAGCUGAGGGUCAACUUGUUGGACUUACCUAACGUCUUACCCUUUGAGAAAAUAAUAGACUCCCAGAGAGCAGGAUACCUGAUUCGCCCUUAUAUUCGCUACAAUCUCUACGAUCGAAUAAGUAUCCGUCCGUUUUUGGAGCCGAUCGAGCGCAAAUGGAUUGUGUACCAGCUUCUUGUUGGCCUUUCGCGCAUGCACCAGAAAAACGUGUACCAUGGCGAUCUCAAAACAGAAAAUGUGCUGAUGACGUCCUGGAACUGGUGUCUGAUCAGUGACUUUGCUGUGUUUAAGCCUGUCUAUCUGCCAGAGAACAACCCCUCGCAGUUUUCGUUCUACUUUGAUACCAGCCAGCGCCACACGUGCUAUGUUGCUCCCGAGCGGUUUCUUGCUUCUGACAAAGAAGUCGACGAGCAUCCGGACGCCAAACUGACCUGGCAAAUGGACAUUUUCUCGCUGGGGUGUGCCAUUGCCGAGAUCUAUCUCGAGGGUCUCUCAAUCUUCACGCUUGCGCAGCUGUUCAAGUACAAAAAAGGCGAAUACCAGCCGAACCUGGACAGCAUAGACGACAUCAACGUGCGCAGACUGAUCCAAAGCAUGAUUGCUCUUGACCCUGGGCAGCGGCUCCGUGCGCAGGAUUGUCUGACCCAGUUUCGUCGCUCAGUGUUUCCCGACCAUUUUUACACGUUUUUGCAUCCCUAUAUGAGGAAACUCAGCGACAUUACAGAGGUGAGCGAUCCGUUUCGCAGCUGCGACGUGCGCAUUGCGCGCGUUUACAACGAUUUCGACAAAAUCUCGCUAUAUUUAGGCUUCAAGCACCAAUACGACGACGACAAGAAACAUGUCACAGAUACAAUGAUUCCUGUUCGUUUGCAGCUGCCCGGCAUGAACGACCAUGUGCCCAAACCGACUAAUGAGGUUUUCAAGGCCUCGAACGACUGCGCUUCUUUAAUUUUGCUGUCCUUGGUACUGCAUAGCGUGCGAAACUCCACGCAUUCAUCGUUCAGAGUGCAGGCCUGCGACAUCAUUCUCUCCUUUGCAGAACAGCUCCACGACGAGGCAAAGCUGGACAGAUGUCUGCCGUAUCUGGUGUACAUGCUGGACGAUCCGAGCGAAGACGUCCAGAGCGCUGCUCUGCGGUGUUUGACCCAGCUUCUGGCCAUGGUGGACGUGAUUACACCCGUCAACGCUUACAUCUUCCCGGAAUACGUUCUUCCCAAGUUGCAGCAAUUUCUCAAGCGCACGUAUCAGGAUACCGCGCAGCCGGAGGCCGGCAGAUACCUGCGGUCUGUUUUUGCGGGUUGUCUGCCCUACUUGGCGCGGACCGCGCGCCGGUUCUACGAAAUGGCCACGCUUUUCAGCGUGCAACCGCAACACGCGGCGUCCGACGAGUUUGCGAUCGAGAACGACCUGCAGCUGGAAAAAUCAUUCAAGAACAUGGUGGUGGAGUUUGAGUCGCUCGUGGUGCAGAUCCUCACCGACCAGGACUCAUUUGUGCGCAUAUCGCUGCUGAAAAAUAUUCUACCCCUUGCAGCAUUUUUCGGCAAAGACAGGACUAACGACAUUAUUCUGAGCCAUCUCAUCACAUACCUCAAUGAUAAGAACCCCAAUAUCCGGCUCGGCUUUGUCGCCAGCAUCGUGCCCAUCUCUAUUUUCGUCGGCAUUGUCAGUUUGGAGCAGUAUAUUCUGCCGCUCUUAGUGCAAUCGCUGAACGACGCCGACGAGCUGGUCGUCAUCGGUGUUAUCAAGACUUUCACGGAGCUCUGCAAACUUGGACUCGUGCGCAAAGUCCACUACUGGGACCUUGUCAAGCUCACGAUCCGUCUGCUGCUGCAUCCAAAUGAGACCAUCAGACAGGCGGUACUCGAUCUCGUUGUGGCUGUCGGUUCUAGUCUGUCGCUUGCAGACCUCUACUGCAUGCUCUACCCGAUCAUCAGGCCGUUUUUCCAGGACGAAUUGACCGAGUUUUCGUGGGAGUCGCUCUAUAUCAGUGCCCAGCAGCCGAUCUCGCCCGCCGUAUACACACUGGCGCAAGCUUGGUCCCUGAAACAGGACCAGUCGCUGUUUUGGCAGCGUGUAGAGGCGUCGCACCGCCGCGGAGACCUGUUCAACACGUCGGGCAUCGCGUUUCUGCGCAAAAACGUGUCCCAGAGUUCGCUGCACCGCUUCCAUGGCGUCGACGACAUGGCGGUGGUGGCCAACAACGAGGUGCCGCUGAGCCAGAGCGAUCUGCAGCACGUCGAGCGGCUCAAGUCCGUGGGAAUGGCCGACUCGGAGCUCUGGAAAGUGGCGACGCUGCGCUCCUACAUCUACAAAAUCGCACGGACCAAUAGCCAGCAAAAUAUUUCUGCCGACGUAUCCAAGCCCAACGUGCUCCCACGAACCGUGUUCUUCGAUGUCUUACACCGCUCGGAGGUGGUUCCGAGCGAGGACCCUGUGCCAGGACCCCUGAACGGCUCUGCGGCAUCGUCUGCUCCAAGAAAGGCGUCUGCUCUGCUGUACGGUACUGCCGUCAAGGCAGACCCGCUCACAUUCACCAGCAGCCGCGCAGUCCACGGCGAAACAACGUCGCUGCCGCCGUCGACGCCCGUUUCUGUCGAGGAGUCGUCCAGUGUCCAGAAAAUCACCACCAAAAUUAAACACAGCUACUCGGGCACAAACCCGUACAUUCUCAAAUUCUUGGGCAGCAUGUCCUUCGAGCCCACUUUGGACGACUACAACGAGUUCGGCGGACCUGCCACGGCAUACGAACUGCCGGAAACUCGCGAGAAAUCGCUGGUGUCUGGAACACUGAUCUCCCGGCUCGUGGAGCACAAGGCGGCCAUCACGGGCCUCGAAGUUUCUCCAGACCACAAGUUUUUCGUCUCCAGCGACGAGUCCGGCGAGCUCAAGCUGUGGGAUUCUGCGCGACUCGAGACAAACGUCACCGGGUCGUCGACGCUGGCCGUUAACCUGGAAUCACCAAUUGUGGCUAUUAAAUUUAUGCCAAAUAGAUACUGUCUCGCGGUAGCCACCAAGGACGGCUACAUUAAGAUUUUUCGAAUUGAGUUUGCAAAUACGCACAGACGGCACUCGUCCGCCAAAACGAGCCUCAUCAGACACUACAAGCUCGACAGGACCGACAGGUAUGCACUGCAGCUCGGGUUCUGCUGGCGGGCUGAAAAACCGCUUCUGGUGGCCACCACGCCAACAUCCAAGCUUCUUGGCCUUGAUGUACGCACCAUGAAGCCUGUUUUUUCGCUGCAGUGCAACCUGUCGCACGGGAUCCCGACCGCGCUCGCCGUGGACGAGUCGCAGGGCUGGGCCGUUGUCGGCACGUCAAAGGGUAUCUUGGACCUGUGGGACUUGAACUUUGAGAUCUCACUGAAGAGCGCAAAAUUCCGCGGAUCGAGCUUCCCGAUCCACCGCAUCGAGACUUUGCCGUCAGAGUACUCGCCGAACGGCAGAAAGUCCAGAUACAUAGCCGUGAUUGGCGGCUCUGGCGACGCAGACGUCACUGUCUGGGACGUGGCACGCCUGCAGCCGCGACAGGUUUUCUGCUGCUCCAGCGUGUCCUCCACGAUCGAAACGUACAUCGUGACCGAGCUGGGCAACGAGAACGAUUCGCUGGACGACCAGCUGGCGCAGCUCGAGCUUUCUGAUGAGCUAAUCACCGCCGACAAAAGCUGCACAGCCUUGAAAUGUGCGGGCGGGGUGAUGGUGAGCGCUGCGGCAGACAACCAGCUGACUGUGUGGGACCUUGGCGAGCCCGAGCGGUCGUGUUUGGUGGGGAACGUCGCGGCGGCGUCUUUUGUGGCUACACAGAUCAACUCGAACCUCAUGUUUGUGAGCGAGCGACGCACAGACCAGAAACGCACGGCCGCGGCGGUCGGCCACCGCGACCGGGUGCUACACAUUGCGUGGGUGUGUCUGCCGUACGAGAUGCUCGUCAGCGGCGACCGCAGCGGCACCAUCAACGUGUAUAGGUGA